AUGUUUGGUGGGGUCGCGGAGGCUUCGAAUCCUCGCCUGCUGGCUCUCACUGGCCUCUUGGCUAGCUCUACUCAAGAGCAGGUGGCCUUCCGAUCUUGGUCUAGAGAGCAGCUUGGGGAUACUACCAGGGAGAUGCUCUUGAUGGCAAUGGGCAUUUUCAUGGAGAUAGAUGCCCGAGAUCGCGCUCUCAAGGACUCCGUGGAUCGCCGUAUCGAGGAGGCGCGUCUCGAGGAGAACUUGUCAGCGACUAGCGAUGCUCGGAGCAAUCUUGCGGCUACACAAGAGCACUCCAAGUCCCUCCAGGUGGAGCUAUCUACUGCGCUGGAGGCCCUCAAGAGGGCUGAUGGGAGGGCAGCUGCAGCUGAGAUUAGUCGGGAUAAAGCAUUGGAGCAGCUGUCCUCCCUGGAGGAGGUCCGGAAGGAGAGGGACGAGGCCACGCGCCAGAAGGAAGAGGUCCAGCAUCAGCACGAGUUGCUAAAGGCAGAUUUUGAGGGAGCUCAAGCUCAUUGUGAGGCUGUGAUGGCCCAAAGGGAGGAAGCCCUGGCUCGGGUAGUGGUUCUCGAGCAGGAACUGGUCAAGCAGGCUGAUAAUUUUAAAGACCUGACCUUAGAGGCUGAGACGACCAAACUCCAAAAUCAGGUUCAACUGGAGUGUGAAAAGCGCCUGUGGGAGUACAAAGAGUCGGCUGAGCUGAAGAGAGAGAUUGAACAGGCCUGUGAAGCUCAUCUCCAAAUUUACAAGGACUCAUAUGAGUUAAAGACCAAGAUAGCUGAGGCCUGCAAGGAGCGACUUGUGGUAUACAAAGCCUCCGACGAGAUGAAGAAUGCCAUAUGGCACAAAGGCUUCCGCAUAUUCGUCUCUGGUUUCAAUCGGGGCUUAAGGACUGCCAGAUAUGCCCUUUCCACCCCGUUGGCUGAACUCCGAGCUACUGAGGUGGACUCUGAUGGUGAAGAUGUGCUCUACGGGGAGGAUGACAUGCCCUUGCCCAAAGGAGCUCAUCGCACUGCAGCUGGGCCUCCUAAGGCAGAUGCCGAGCUAAGGGAGAGGGACGACAAGGCUGCCGAAGAUGCUGGGCCUCAGGGGCGGGAGAUUGUGCCAUUUGUGGGUACUGGAGGGUCUGAGCAAAAGGGUUCCGAGCCUCCCAUAGACAGUAGUAUAGGUGAUAGUGUAGAUAAUGUAAAUGUACCCAGGCGCGUGAGCCCUUUAAGGACAGUUUUUCCUUCAGUAGAAUAG